AUGUCGUAUUUCUUCCCGGAGCGUGAUGUGGCUGGUGGCAGACUCGCCUCGGAGGCAACCAAGUCCAAGCUCGCCGACAAAUUCGAAGACAGGAUUCUCCUCAGUCGCGAGCAGGCAGACGAAUUUUUGCAACUGCUCGAAGAAGAUACAGAACUCCUGGAGAGAAACAAUGCCGUCGACUACAGCCUGAUGCUGGUGCGGAUUCCGAAGUCCUCCUCUCCCAUGGACGAGAGCCAAAACCUGUUCAAUGAUCCGCCGAACUGGCGAACCGGUGUACCCAGCCAGGACAACAAGUGGCUGUUCCGGGCGGUGAUCCUGGAUUUCUUCUGGGCUAAGCACAAGGUGCACGCCAAGGCGAUGACGAUGCUCAUCAAUGCAUGGAGGAUAUUUGACGACAAAGGGCCGAUGAGUAUCACGACUGCUGCACCGGAGUACCGGGGCAGGUUCUUGAAGAUGUGCAGGGAGAUCGUCAAAGUAGUGGAAUAG